AUGUCAAACGACAUCAGAUCAUCUUCUUCGUACCACCCAGGCUCGUCUGCUAAACGCGCACGAUCAUCUGAGGUUCAGGAUGAACAGCUUCGCGAUGACUCUCCUGCUCGUAUUCGCCGAGUUAAGAAGACCAGACGCCCAUGUGUGACAGUGAUCGAUGAUGAUGAUUUAACCAGCCCUCCUCCUUCGAAUUCAAACACACCUACUCCUGUGGACCUUGAAGAUGUUGAUCUGGGCAUCUCUUCUUACGAAUAUCCCAGUGCAUGUCUUCCAUUCGAUAUUCACAUGAAAUGCAUGUCUUCCAGUUAUCGAACCGUCGGCAGAUUCUUGGUGCGGAAGAAGUUUGUGCCUUUAUACACAAAAGUACGGAGGAGGUAUGGCCAUAUUGCAACCAGGAAUGUAGUUCAGCACUGUGCAUCUGCUUUGGUUACCACAGUAAAUUGCCUUCUCCCUAUGAUUUCCGAGAUCGAAGAUAUCUCCAUCUGUAACAUUGCUGAAUCGAAAUUUGAGGAGUGGGAGAACAUGGUGUCUACCUAUGAAACGAUGGGAUUCAAUGUGGGUUGGUUGCGGCAGCGUCUUGACAUCAUCAAGGCAAACCUUGAAGUACGUUCAAUAAUUGAUAGUGAGAAGAAUCGUCAGUUUAACAGCUUGGAGCUCAUUGCUUCAGAGAAUUUUACAUCCCGCGCAGUGAUGGAAGUUGUGGGUUAUUGUCUCACAAACAAGUACUCAGAAUGGCUUCAUGGUAAAAGGUACUAUGGUGGCAAUGAGUACAUUGAUGAGCUAGAGACACUUUGUCAACAAAGGGCUUUGGCUGCAUUUCACUUAGACCCAAAGAAAUGGGGAGUUAAUGUCCAACCUCUGUCUGGUUCUCCUGCUAACUUUGAAGUCUACACUGCACUUCUCAACCCACAUGACCGUAUUAUGGGUCUGGAUCUUCCUCAUGGAGGUCACUUGUCACAUGGAUUUAUGACUCCUAAAAGACGGGUAUCUGGGACUUCGAUUUAUUUUGAAUCGAUGCCCUACCGUCUUGAUGAAUCAACAGGCCUUAUUGAUUAUGAUAUGCUUGAGAAAACUGCCACCCUCUUUCGACCAAAACUCAUCAUUGUUGGUGCUAGUGCUUAUCCUCGUGAUUUCGAUUAUCCUCGAAUGAGAAAGAUUGCAGAUUCUGUUGGGGCUUUUCUCAUGAUGGAUAUGGCUCACAUAAGUGGUCUCGUUGUUGCAUCUGUAUUUGCCGACCCAUUUGAAUACUGUGAUGUUGUAACAACCACCACUCACAAGUCAUUACGAGGUCCCAGAGGUGGCAUGAUUUUCUUCAAGAAAGAUCUUGUUCUUUGGGUUGAUAUGGAAUCUGCGAUUAACAAUGCUGUUUUCCCAGGG